UAGCCUCCUCAGUGCAGUCCAACCUGUUCACCAUGUUCCUUUCAGUUGUGCUGCUGUGGCUCUGCAUUUUCUUCAUCGUCCUUCAACUCAGAUCCCGAAGGCCCAAAAACUUUCCACCUGGACCCACGAUCCUACCCAUAGUGGGGAACCUUUUGCAGCUGAAUCUAGAGAACCCCUUGAAGGACUUUGAGAGGCUGAGGAAGACUUAUGGGAAUGUCUACAGUUUGUUCAUCGGCCCCAGACCAGCUGUCCUCAUCAAUGGGUUGAAGGCCAUGAAGGAGGCUAUGGUGACGAAGGGUGCUGAGUUUGCUGGACGACCUCAGGACAUGUUUAACAAUGAAGUCACAGAAAAUAAAGGUGUGAUUCUGGCAGAUUAUGGUCCUCGCUGGAGGGAACAUCGUCGCUUUGCUCUGAUGACUUUGAGGAACUUUGGUCUGGGGAAGAAAUCAAUGGAGGAGAGAAUUCAUGAUGAGAUUCAACACACUAUUGAAACGCUGAACAAGAGCAUCGGCAAAACUAUGAGUCCUCAAGUUAUGUUUCACAACAUGUCCUCCAACAUCAUCUGCCAGGUUUUGUUUGGUACACGACAUGAGUAUGACGACCACUUUAUCAAAGAGGUGGUUCGGUGCUUCACUGAGAAUGCUAAGAUCGCCAAUGGACCGUGGGUGAUGCUGUAUGACUCUUUUCCUAUGAUUCGAAGCCUGCCACUGCCCUGCAACAAGGCCUUUGAGAAUGUUAAGAUUUGUAAGGGUCUUAUUAAUCGUUUGGUGAGUGAGCACAAGAAGACCAGAGUCCCUGGAGAGCCUCGAGACUUUCUUGACUGCUACCUGGAUGAACUGGAUAAGGAUGCAGAGGAUUCUACAUUUUCAGGAGACAAACUCAUUAUGUAUGCUCUAGAUCUUCACUUUGCUGGGACUGACACAACCUCCAACACCCUGCUUGCUGCUUUUCUUUACCUGAUUAGCCACCCACACAUACAAGAACGAUGUCACCAGGAGAUUGACAAGGUGUUGGAAGGGAAGGAUCGGGCUAGUUUUGAUGACAGAAACAACAUGCCUUACGUGCAGGCUGUGAUCCAUGAGUCGCAGAGGAUUGCCAACACUGUUCCACUCAGUGUCUUCCACACCACUACUAAAGACACAGAGCUCAUGGGAUAUUCUAUUCCAAAGGGUACGAUGAUCAUCCAGAACUUGACCUCAUUGCACAAUGAGGAGGGACAGUGGAAACAUCCUCAUGAAUUCAACCCUGAAAACUUCCUCAACGACCAGGGAGAGUUUGUUAAACCAGACGCCUUCAUGCCUUUCUCUGCAGGUCCUCGGAUGUGUCUGGGAGAGGGUCUGGCUCGCAUGGAGCUCUUCCUCAUCAUGGUGACUCUGCUGAGGAAGUUUAAGUUCAUCUGGCCUGAGGAUGCAGGAAAACCAGACUUCACUCCUGUCUAUGGUGUCACUUUGUCUCCGAGACCUUAUCGCAUGGAGGUCCAACUCAGGUCUUCGGAGUGAAGUGGCCUUCAGAUACAGAGCAGAAACAGUGCAGAUUGAUUUAAAUGAACAUAGAAAAACACUAAAAGCACUGCAGAUUUGAUGUUGAUGCAUGUUUGUGAUAUACAUGUGUAUAUACCUUUGCUUGUGGAAUAAAGAUUUUCUUGUGUAGUGUAAUUUUCUGCUUCUACAAAGAACCUGCCUGGCUCUGUGUAUUUGGUUGUGAGCCAGCCAGUUUCCUCUGAGAUUCCGUGCAUCUCUCAGUGAUUAGCUCAUGGUCUGGAUGGCCUCAUUGUGUUGUGUUUAAUGACAUUUAUUAUUUCACCUAUGAACAUUAUUUAGUGCACUUCAAAGAAAGGUCCAGCAGUGGAAGAAAUAAAAAUAUUCAUUAUA